AUGGGCGACCCAGCCCCCGCCCGCAGCCUGGACGACAUCGACCUGUCCGCCCUGCGGGACCCUGCUGGAAUCUUUGAGCUGGUGGAAGUGGUUGGCAAUGGAACCUAUGGACAGGUGUACAAGGGUCGGCACGUCAAGACGGGGCAGCUGGCUGCCAUCAAGGUCAUGGAUGUCACGGAGGAUGAGGAAGAAGAGAUCAAGCAGGAGAUCAACAUGUUGAAAAAAUACUCUCACCACCGCAACAUUGCCACCUACUAUGGAGCCUUCAUCAAGAAGAGCCCCCCUGGGAACGAUGACCAGCUCUGGCUGGUAAUGGAGUUCUGUGGUGCUGGCUCCGUGACGGACCUGGUGAAGAAUACAAAAGGGAAUGCGCUGAAGGAGGACUGCAUCGCCUACAUCUGCAGGGAGAUUUUGCGGGGUCUGGCCCAUCUCCACGCCCACAAGGUGAUUCACCGAGACAUCAAGGGGCAGAACGUGCUGCUGACAGAGAAUGCCGAGGUCAAGCUAGUGGAUUUUGGGGUGAGUGCUCAACUGGACCGCACCGUGGGAAGGCGAAACACUUUCAUUGGGACCCCCUACUGGAUGGCCCCGGAGGUCAUCGCCUGUGAUGAGAACCCCGAUGCCACCUAUGAUUACAGGAGUGACAUCUGGUCUCUAGGAAUCACAGCCAUUGAGAUGGCAGAGGGCGCCCCCCCUCUGUGUGACAUGCAUCCCAUGCGAGCCCUCUUCCUCAUCCCUCGGAACCCACCACCCAGGCUCAAGUCCAAGAAAUGGUCCAAGAAGUUCAUCGACUUCAUUGACACAUGUCUCAUCAAGACCUACCUGAGCCGCCCACCAACAGAGCAGCUGCUAAAGUUCCCCUUCAUCCGCGACCAGCCCACAGAGCGGCAGGUCCGCAUCCAGCUCAAGGACCACAUCGACCGAUCUCGGAAGAAGCGAGGCGAGAAAGAGGAGACAGAAUAUGAGUACAGCGGCAGCGAAGAGGAAGAUGACAGCCAUGGAGAGGAAGGAGAACCAAGCUCCAUCAUGAACGUGCCCGGCGAGUCCACGCUACGCCGCGAGUUCCUCCGGCUCCAGCAGGAGAAUAAGAGCAACUCGGAGGCUUUAAAGCAGCAGCAGCAGCUGCAGCAGCAGCAGCAGCGAGACCCCGAGGCGCACAUCAAACACCUGCUGCACCAGCGGCAGCGCCGCAUCGAGGAGCAGAAGGAAGAGCGGCGGCGUGUGGAGGAGCAACAACGGCGGGAGCGGGAACAGCGGAAGAUGCAGGAGAAGGAACAGCAACGGCGUCUGGAGGACAUGCAGGCCCUGCGGCGGGAGGAGGAGAGGCGGCAAGCAGAGCGGGAGCAGGAAUACAAGCGGAAGCAGCUGGAGGAGCAGCGGCAGUCAGAGCGCCUGCAGAGGCAGCUGCAGCAGGAGCACGCCUACCUCAAGUCCCUGCAGCAGCAGCAGCAGCAGCAGCAGCUGCAAAAACAGCAGCAGCAACAGCAGCAGAUCCUUCCUGGGGACAGGAAGCCCCUGUACCAUUAUGGUCGGGGCAUUAACCCUGCCGACAAGCCAGCCUGGGCCCGAGAGGUAGAGGAGAGAACAAGGAUGAACAAGCAGCAGAACUCUCCCUUGGCCAAGACCAAGCCGAGCAGCGCAGGGCCUGAGCCCCCUGUUUCUCAGGCCUCCCCUGGGCCCCCAGGACCCCUUUCCCAAACUCCUCCUAUGCAGAGGCCGGUGGAGCCCCAGGAGGGACCGCACAAGAGCCUGGUGGCACACCGGGUCCCACUGAAGCCAUAUGCAGCGCCUGUACCCCGAUCCCAGUCCCUGCAGGACCAGCCCACCCGAAACCUGGCUGCCUUCCCAGCCUCUCAUGACCCUGACCCUGCCGCCCCCACACCCACUGCCACGCCCAGUGCCCGAGGAGCUGUCAUCCGCCAGAAUUCAGACCCUACCUCGGAAGCGCCUGGCCCCAGCCCGAACCCCCCAGCCUGGGUCCGGCAGGAUCAUGAGGCCCCACCCAAGGUGCCUCAGAGGACCUCAUCUAUUGCCACUGCCCUUAACACCAGUGGGGCCGGAGGGGCGCGGCCAGCCCAGGCUGUCCGUGCCAGACCUCGCAGCAACUCCGCCUGGCAAAUCUAUCUGCAAAGGAGGGCGGAGCGGGGGAGCCCCAAGCCUCCAGGGCCCCCUGCUCAGCCCCCUGGCCCGCCCAACGCCUGUAGCAACCCCGACCUCAGAAGGAGCGACCCUGGCUGGGAGCGCUCGGACAGUGUCCUCCCCGCCUCUCACGGGCACCUUCCCCAGGCCGGCUCUCUGGAGCGGAACCGUGUGGGAGCCUCUUCCAAACUGGACAGCUCCCCAGUGCUGUCCCCUGGGAACAAAGCCAAGCCUGAGGACCACCGCUCGCGGCCAGGCCGGCCCGCAGAUUUUGUGUUGCUGAAAGAGCGGACCCUGGAUGAGGCCCCACGGCCUCCCAAGAAGGCCAUGGACUACUCCUCAUCCAGUGAGGAGGUGGAGAGCAGUGAGGACGACGAGGAGGAAAGCAAUGGCGAACCAUCAGAAGGGAGCAGAGACACCCCUGGGACCCGCAGCGAUGGGGACACAGACAGCGUCAGCACCAUGGUGGUCCAUGACGUGGAGGAGAACACCGGGACCCCCACCACCUAUGGGGGUGGCACCAUGGUGGUCCAGCGUACACCCGAAGAGGAGCGAAGCCUGCUGCAUGCCGACAGCAACGGUUACACUAACCUGCCCGACGUGGUCCAGCCCAGCCACUCGCCCACUGAAAACAGCAAAGGUCAAAGCCCCCCCAUGAAGGAUGGAGGCAGCGAUUACCAGUCUCGUGGGCUGGUGAAGGCUCCUGGCAAGAGCUCGUUCACGAUGUUUGUGGACCUGGGCAUCUACCAGUCCGGAGGCAGUGGGGACACCAUCCCUAUCACAGCCCUCGUGGGCGGAGAGGCCAGUCGGCUUGAUCAGCUGCAGUACGAUGUGCGGAAAGGCUCUGUGGUCAACGUGAACCCCACCAACACCCGGGCCCACAGUGAGACCCCCGAGAUUCGCAAGUACAAGAAGCGAUUCAAUUCCGAGAUCCUCUGCGCGGCCCUUUGGGGCGUCAACCUGCUGGUGGGCACGGAGAACGGGCUGAUGCUGCUGGACCGCAGCGGGCAGGGCAAGGUGUACGGACUCAUUGGGCGGCGGCGCUUCCAGCAAAUGGAUGUGCUGGAAGGACUCAACUUGCUCAUCACCAUCUCAGGGAAAAGGAACAAACUGCGCGUGUAUUACCUGUCCUGGCUCCGGAACAAGAUUCUGCACAACGACCCGGAAGUGGAGAAGAAGCAGGGCUGGACCACCGUGGGGGACAUGGAGGGCUGCGGGCACUACCGCGUUGUGAAAUACGAACGUAUUAAGUUCCUGGUCAUCGCCCUGAAGAAUUCCGUAGAGGUGUAUGCCUGGGCCCCCAAACCUUACCACAAAUUCAUGGCCUUCAAGUCCUUUGCUGACCUGCCUCACCGCCCUCUGCUGGUGGACCUGACGGUCGAGGAGGGCCAGCGGCUCAAAGUCAUCUAUGGCUCCAGCGCUGGCUUCCACGCCGUGGAUGUCGACUCGGGGAACAGCUAUGACAUCUACAUCCCUGUUCACAUCCAGAGCCAGAUCACGCCCCACGCCAUCAUCUUCCUCCCCAACACCGACGGCAUGGAGAUGCUGCUGUGCUACGAGGACGAGGGCGUCUACGUCAACACGUACGGGCGGAUCAUCAAGGACGUGGUGUUGCAGUGGGGAGAGAUGCCCACUUCCGUGGCCUACAUCUGCUCCAACCAGAUAAUGGGCUGGGGCGAGAAAGCCAUCGAGAUCCGCUCCGUGGAGACGGGACACCUGGACGGGGUCUUCAUGCACAAACGAGCUCAGAGGCUCAAGUUCCUGUGUGAGCGGAAUGACAAGGUAUUCUUUGCCUCCGUCCGCUCUGGGGGCAGCAGCCAAGUUUACUUCAUGACUCUGAACCGCAACUGCAUCAUGAACUGGUGA